UGGCUCAGAGUGAAGUUGUUGCCUCGUUGUAAACAUGAGCUCCGCGUGUUGUGUCCUGGGGCUCGGGCUGUUGUUGUCGUGUGCAGCGGCUGCCAGAGGUUUCUCUCAGGCCGGAGGAGGAGCAGGAGGAGCAGGGCUGCACCGGGAGUUCGUCCGCAGGGAUGUGGAGCCACAGAGUUUCCAGAGGUCCGAGCUUUCCAAACGCAGCGCGGGGCUGAAUGAACAGACCUGCACAGCGCUGCCUGGAGGAGACCCAACCCUGAGCAACAACACCCACACUUUCACCUUCAAAGUGAGAACCAUGGGCUCACUGUCGCUGGCCUGGGUGGGAGAUGGAUCAGGGGUGCUGCUGGUCCUGACAACCUUUCAGGUGCCGUUGUUCAUGAUGCGCUUCGGUCAGUCCAACCUCUACAGGAGUGAAGACUAUGGGAAAACCUUUGAAGAUGUGACUCACCUGAUCGACCACACCUUCAUCCAGACUGAGUUUGGCAUCGCCAUCAGUCCCGACCACUCUGGGAAGGUGAUCCUGACUGGAGUUGUGUCAGAGAUCGGUGGUUUUCGACUGUUUCGCACGCAGGACUUUGGCCUCACCUUUGUCCCGACAGAUCUGCCAUUUGAGCCCCUCAUCCAGAUGCUGUACAACCCCGGGGACUGCAAAGCACUUCUGACUCUCAGUAUCACGCUGGAACUGUGGCUGUCUGAGGACUUUGGCGUCACCUGGAGGAAAAUCCAUGACAGUGCGUGUUUGGUCAGAUGGGGUCCAAAGAACAGCAUCUUUGUUACGACUAACUACAACGGAUCAUGCAAUGAGAAAGGAAUGCUGGAGUUAAGGAAGACAACAGACUAUGGCCGAAGUUUCCAGACAAUCGCAACAAGAGUUUACUCUUUUGUCCUGGGAGGAAAAUUUGUUUUUGCUUCCAUCAUGACAGGCAAAGGCACAGAGCGUAUGAUCCACGUGUCAGCGGACGGAGGGGAGGUGUGGAACAUGGCUCAGCUUCCCACAGUCAACCACGAGCAGUUCUACUCCAUCCUGUCAGCCAAUCAGGACAUGAUCUUCAUGCACGUGGACGACCCUGGAGACUCUGGUGUUGGGACCAUCUACGUGUCAGACGACAGAGGAACCGUGUUCUCAAAGUCUCUGGAGCGUCACCUCUACACGACCACAGGGAGUGACACUGACUUCACCGUGGUUGCUUCACUCAGGGGCGUCUACAUGACCAGUGCACUCACAGACGAUGGUACAGUGGAGACAGUGAUCACCUUCGACCAAGGAGCAAGGUGGCAGACGCUGCACAGACCUCAGAACAGCCAGUGUGACACCGAGACCAGCACUAACAGGCCAAACAGAUGCAGACUUCACAUCCACGCUUCCUACAGCACCACCAUGAAGAUGAACGUCCCCAUGCUGCCUCUCUCACAGCCCAACGCUGUUGGCCUCAUUCUGGCCCACGGCAGUGUUGGAGAUGCAGAGUCAGCUCUUUCCCCCAACGUGUACGUGUCUGAUGACGGGGGCUACUCGUGGCUGUUGGCCCUCGGGGGCCCUCAUCACUACGCGAUCCUGGACUCUGGAGGCCUGCUGGUGGCUGUGGAACACACCAACUCACCUGUCAACCAGAUCAAAUUUUCAACAGAUGAAGGGCAGUGCUGGCACACAUACAACUUCACCAGCGACCCUCUUCACUUCAGUGGUAUGGACAGUGAGCCCGGCUCUCGCACCAUGAACGUCAGCCUGUGGGGCUACAGGAACGACUUCAGUAAGUGGGUGGUGAUCACCAUCGACUUCAGGAAGCUCUUCACCAGAGACUGUACUGAAGGGGACUAUGUACAGUGGCUGGCUCACUCUGCAGACCCCAGUGGAUCGAAUGAUGGCUGCGUGCUGGGUUAUAAAGAAACCCUCUUACGCCUGAGGAAAGACUCUGUGUGUUGGAACGGGAGGGACUAUGCUAUCGCUAAGAAGCUGUCCACCUGUCCAUGCACAGUGGAUGAUUAUCACUGUGACUUUGGAUAUUACCGACCGGAGAACAGCUCGGAGUGUGUGGAGCAGGAGGAGAUGACAGGCCGUCCCCUGGAGUUCUGUUUAAACGGGACCACCGAGCAGCUACAGACCAGUGGCUACCGGAAGAUUCCCGGAGACCAGUGUGAGGGCGGUUUCCAGCCGGACAGGAAGGAGACGGACCUGAGGAGGCUGUGCACCAGCAACGUCCUAUAUUCAGACGCUCUGACUGAGACCAGUUCACCAAACGCUGCGGUCAUCGUGAUGGUUGUCUUAUUGAUCCUUCUGACCAGUGGUGUUGCUGGUGUUUGGCUGGUUAAGAAAUAUGUGUGUGGAGGACGGUUUCUUGUGCACCGAUACUCUGUGAUGAGGGACCAUGCGGAAGCGAAUAAGAUCGAGGGAGUAGACGAUGUCGACACUCACUACAUGGAGACAGGAAAAGCACAGUACAAUGAAGAUUCAGAUCAGGUUUCUGGUAUUAUCUAAAAUGGCCCUUUGUAAAUAAUGAGACAUUGUAAUUAUCUAUUCACUGUAUUGUUUGUGUCUCCUCACAGGACCUCUUAGAAUAAGGCUCCUAAAGACUACACGUCACGCAGUCUUUCACGAUGCCUGGGCAUUCCCGAUGCUCCCACAUGCUGAUUAACAUCUGCUUCUCACUUCUCGCUAUCCCCUGGUGGCUGGAGGACUCAGCAGCAGCGGGGGGGCAACUUUUGCAAUUGCUUCCUUGUACAAGUUGAGGCUCCCACAAAACAACCUCCAACCGGUAGUUUGGGGAGGGGGUUAAACCCAGCACAGACCGGAAGAAAGCCUCUGGGUUCCCCGGAGAGCCUUUGUUGUCUCUGUCACAAAGAGUUGUGUAAAGACCGUUGAGUCUGAAUAUGUGCUCUGUAUGUUUCCUUUCACGCUGACCUGAGAAGAGGCGGCCUUUCAUAUUGUGAUGCACUGCAGGAAGCACAAUACAGAGGCUCCGACUUGGAUAAACAGUUACAGAAUAUGUUAUGAAGAGUUGGGGAACAGCCAAGUGAGAGAACAGAAACAAAUCUAGUCAGUAUUUUAGUUGAGAGAUUUUUUCUACUGUCAGUGAAAUGUUUUUUUUGUAAAUCUAAGUUUAUAAGCUUCAGUCCUUUUGUGCGUGAUGGGCCAUUUUAAAAUUCGUUUUGUCAGAAAACAACUCUAUUCUUCUCAGUUACUUUUCAUGAACUAGUUGUUUAGAAAUCACAAAUUACAAGAUGAAUUUUGCCAAUUAACAGAGAGGAUAGUUAGAGUCUCUAACCAAUGUUACUCUUUAGUUUUCAGUGAAACUUUUUGAAUAAAUGUUAAAAGAGCCUGACUUUAAUGCAAAGAUAUAACAAGUUUUUAUACAGUGCAGCUCAACACAGCCAAUAUUUUCUCUUCCCCUGUAUGUGUGGUGAAGGGAAAGACUUGAAUUAUUGCCAAAGCACUUUUAUCGUUUAACUUUAAAAACUUUUGAGGGGAAACUUAACUUUAUCUCAGCGUUGUGUGAGUAUGAUGGUAAUGCUAAUGCGAACUCUUUACUUGAACUCUGAUAUUUUUGCGUAACUGGAUGCGUCAACUUGUUGCUGUUGUGUUAUUUUUAUUAUUAUGCAUUUGUCUAAUAAUUUUAAAGCAGGUGAAGGCAUAGUUAUCAAGUAAAGUUACAAAAUGCCAGUUCACAAUCAGUUUAAUAUUAGCUGUAUAAACAUCUCCAGAAUCAUGAUGAUUCUGAUUUUUAAAGCUAGAUUAUGCCAGUAUUUUCAUUUUUUUGUUAUAAUGGUGAAUCCGAAAUAAAGAAUCUCCCAGACGUUGUAAAAAAUAUCCAAAAUAAAAAAAAUGUGUUAUGGUAUGAGGUGGCCACGUCAAACUUAUUCUGUUCAUUAAAUGAGUUUAUUUUCCUUUAGAUGAAGAAGUUACAACUUGCUACCUUUUCUAUUAUCAAUGUAAGAGCUGUAACUUCUGACACAUGCAGGGCUUAUGGCUGAUGCUUGUAUUCUCCAGCAGAGGCAAUAGUAUCCCAGCAAAUAAGCUAUUAUAAUAAGCCGGCCUGAUUAGAGGCAUAUUCUCAAGGACUGUUGGGUGGACUCGCGUAUGAAAGCAAACUCAUAUGCUUGAUGCUUCUUUAUUUACACAACUGUCAGUAAGAACCAACCCAGAUACUAACUGGAUCCGUAUAUUUGCACUGUAGCUACAGAUCUGUGAAAAAUGUUGCACCUGUUCCUCCUUUAUAUCUUUUUUGUAAAAAUGCUCGGGCCACGAGUUGUGAUCUUUAUUCAACCUUUUUUCGUCAUCGUUUUCUAGGAUAUCACAAAUGAGUAUCCCUGAGCUAUUCUGUAGCACAUUUGUUUCGUAACAAUGUUUGCAUUUAUUGAAUUAAAUAACACUAUCUCUUUUA